CCAGCCAUCUGUUACCUGCCUUGUUUCCUGGGGAGAGCGAGUCCUCCUCCCGCUGCUCUGGAGAUCCCGCGAGUGUGCCCCCAGGAGCCUGGGGGCCGCUGCGGGCCCCGGCAAUGACUGCCUCCUAGGGAGCCUCCACACCUGGGUGCCAGCUGCGUGAGGCUAAGGAACGGGCGUUCUUGCCCGCACCCCGCGCUCCAACUGGAAGAGGAAGAGCCGGAGUUGCCCAGGGGUGGGCUGGGCAUGUCUGAGUCUUCACCCUGCCCCACCGGCCAGGAGACCCCUGCCCCAGGCUGUAGGCUGGGGGCCUUGUACUGGGGCUGUGUCCGCAAUGACCCUGUCCAGCUUCAAGCCACGUUGGAUGGUGGGGUCUCCCCAGAAGAAGCCACCCAGGUGGAUGGCAACGGGAGGACAGGUCUCAUGGUUGCCUGCUACCGAGGCUUCGAGAGUGUUGUGGCUCUGCUCAGCCGCUGCCCUUUCCUUGAUGUGAACCAGCAGGAUAAAGAAGGGGACACUGCCCUCAUGCUGGCUGCCCAAGCAGGCCAUGUGCCUCUGGUGAGUCUUCUGCUCAACUAUUACCCGGGCCUGGACCUGGAGCGCCGAGACCAGCGGGGGCUAACAGCACUGAUGAAGGCUGCUGUGCGGAACCGUUCGGAAUGCGUGGCUGCCCUCCUCAUGGCAGGUGCUGACCUGACAGCGGUGGAUCCUCUUCGGGGCAAGACGGCCCUAGAAUGGGCACUGCUGACCGACAGCUUCGACACUGUGCAGAGGAUCCGGGCGCUGCUGCGGCGCCCCCAAAUAGAGCAGCUGAGCCAGCAUUACCAGCCCGAGUGGCCAGCCUUGCCUGGGCUCGUGGCUCAGGCCCAGGCCCAGGCCCAGGCCCAUGCUACCCCAUCUCUCCUAGAGCGAUUGCAGGCCACUUUGAGCCUCCCCUUUGCCCAGUCUCCUCAGGAGGGGGGUGUCCUGGACCACCUUGUGACUAUCACCACCAGCCUGGCCAGUCCCUUCCUCACCACGGCCUGCCAUACCCUGUGCCCUGACCGGCCACCUGUGCUGGGCACCCGAAGCAAGUCUGUGCCAGAGCUGCUAGGCACUGCCCCACCCCCUCCCCCAGCCCCCCAACCCCCCCAGGUAGUCCCUGGCUCCCGGGUCCUCAUCCCCUACCAGAGCCGUCAGGGUGUGCUGAGUAUGUGCUCUCAGUGGCUACAGCCCAGGGACAGUAGUAGCCCCAGGCCCCCAAACCCCAAGAUCCGCCUCUCCAAGGCACCCUCAUCUUCCACACAGUACAAGCCAGAGCCCAGGCGCAGAGAGAAUCAAAGCCUAGCCCUUCCUGUCUGGAGAUACCAGGAGCUCAGGAUGGAGAGGAAGAGGAGGGAGGAGGAGGAGGGUAGGUGAGCACAGAAUUAG